AUGGAUAUUGAUAAUUCUUCAUCAGAAAAUGAUGCUUGUAGCUUUGAUGAAUCUCCAUCAGAUACAAGCGAUGAUGAAUUAGCUGAGCUAUGCAUUAUUGGUAUGGUUUACGAUUAUAACGAGAAAUUUUUAAAUAAAACUAAGGUUCGAACAUCAGCAUUAACUGGUCGUGAUUUUAUUACUAAGAUAUUGAAUGGCUCCGGAACAGUUUGCUUCGAGUUAUUUCGAAUGGAAAAAACAUGCUUUAUUAAUUUUUGCAAUGAGUUAAGGGGGAAAAGUUACUUGAGUGACUCAAGGGAUGUGCUUCUGGAAGAAAAAGUUGCUAUGUUUUUAUUCAUAAUUGGGCAUAAUGUUCGCCAUAGAGUGGUUGCAGAUCGCUUUCAGCAUUCUACAGAAACAAUCUCUCGUUAUUUUAAGGAAGUAUUAAGAGCAAAUUGUUUAGGUGCAAUUGAUGGCACACAUAUAAGUGCAUGGGUUCCUGCUGAGAAACAAACAUCAUGCAGAG